AUGAAAACUUUUGCACUCGUUCUCGUUCUCGCGGUGGCUCUUGUCCACUCGUAUCCUCAUCAUUACGAGGAAUAUCAUCACAACGACGAUCAUCAUCACGGGUAUGGGCAUCACAAGGAAGAGCCUCAUCAUCAUCCCAAAUACGAAUUCGAUUAUGGCGUGAAGGACCCCAAGACGGGCGAUCACAAGACCCAAUGGGAGAAACGUGAUGGCGAUCAUGUCAAGGGAGCUUAUACAAUUGCUGAGCCUGAUGGCACUGAAAGAAUUGUCGAAUACGAAGCUGACGACAAGAAUGGAUUCAAUGCCGUCGUGAAAGUCGUUGGAAAGCCAAAAGCUUAUGAGCCAGCUCCUAAAUACGAAGCAGCACCCAAAUACGACUAUCAUCAUGGAGGAUAUUCGCAUGAUGGAGGAUACUCUGGACAUGGCCAUGGAUAUCACUAUUAA